AUGGCGCUGGGCCGACUGUGCCGAAGCCUCGGCGGCCUUUGCAGCGCCUACGGCGCGCCCGCGGCAGCCGACCUGUGCAGGGCCCCCGCAAGCGCCUGGCGGUGCCUGCCCUCCAGUCCCUUAAGCGUGCUGGCCGAUCCCGCGCCCCACGCCGAAGGCGAAGCCACCUCGAGGGCAACCUCCGAACCUUCCUCUAGCGCCGCCGUCUCUGACCAAGGCGACAUCGAGCAACUGCCCGAUCAAGACGCCGUCCCGAACGCCCAGCCAGCGUCGACUUUCACUCCAUCCGACCACGCGGCGCGAUCUGUGGACGGCGCGGGAUCCUCGAGUGGGCCGCCCACUUCGGGAGGUGAUCCUGUGGGCGGGAGCGCCGCGGAGAAGCAGGCAUUCGCAUUCCCGAACGAUGCCAGCGACCGGGAUGCCGCCUUCGUGCUGGUGAAGAAGGACGCCGUCGUGGGCAAGAUCUCGGCGGCCAUACUCAAUAGGCUGCGCGCGGGGAAGCGCGUGGUGAUGUACUCCACGGGGGACGCGUCCGUGAGCAACGCCGUCAAGUCGAUGGCGCUGGCGAGGCUGUGGCUAGGCAAGGCGCCCGUCGGCGACGACAGCGCGCAGGCGGCUGCGGUCGACUUCGGGUGCAGGGUCGUGCACCAGCCGGGGGCGGCCGACGACCGCAUAUCGAAGUUCAUGUUCGCGCUGCAGAAGGUAGAAUACAGAGUGGACAGCGCUGACAUUCCUCCCGAGCAAAUCUUCAGGCCAGAAAAGAACACUGAUGGCAGGUCAUAUGGCUCCCUAAUCGCAUCGAACCUGGAGCUGGGCAGGUCGGUUGCCAUCAAUGCGAUGGGACCCAGGCCAGUAGCUGCCAUGGUGCUUGCGCACACCUGGGCCAGAAAGAUGCUGAGGUCCGCUGGACAUGACUGCCUGUGCUUCCCCGAGUUUCAUACAGUGAAAGUGCCAGAGUGGGGCGACAGAACUGUUGUCCAGAUGAUGUUCAAGAAGGUGCCUUUUGAUGUAGAGCAAGAUUUCAAGCCGGAGUGGAGGCCCAGAUGGGCUGACCCGUCAGCAGGCUCACACUCAGAGUUGUCUACAGAGGCGGAUAGGUAG